GGCCGGCGGGGCGGGGCAGAGGCAGUCCCGCCCCCGGUCGCCUCGGAAACGCGGUGCGGAUACGCCAGCGGGAGAGGCGGCCGGAGAGCAGUUCCGCUCCGAGGGCGGAAGUGCGCGCCCGGGUUUCGGCCGCUGACCAGCCAGCAACAUGGUGGCUCCCGUACUGGAGACCUCUCACGUGUUUUGCUGCCCGAACCGGGUGCGGGGAGCCCUGAGCUGGAGCUCCGGGCCCGGAGGACUUCUGGCCUUCGGCACGUCCUGUUCCGUGGUGCUCUAUGACCCUCAGAAAAGGGUUGUUAUUACCAACCUGAAUGGGCACACUGCUCGAGUCAAUUGCGUACAGUGGAUUUGUAAACAGGAUGGUUCUCCUUCUACUGAGUUAGUUUCUGGAGGAUCUGAUAAUCAAGUGAUUCACUGGGAAAUAGAGAAUAAUCAGCUUUUAAAAGCAGUCCAUCUCCAAGGCCACGAAGGACCCGUUUAUGCAGUGCAUGCUGCUUACCAGAGGAGGGCGUUGCACACUCUGCUAGUGUCCGCAGCUGCCGACUCCACUGUUCGAGUCUGGUGUAAACAGGGUUCUGAAGUAACAUGCCUUCAGACCUUGAACUUUGGAAAUGGAUUCACCCUGGCUCUCUGCUUUUCUUUUUUGCCUAAUACUGAUGUGCCAGUAUUAGCCUGUGGCGAUGAUGACUGCAAAAUUCACUUACUUGUUCAACAAAACGAUCAGUUUCAGAAAGUACUGUUUCUCUCUGGACAUGAGGAUUGGAUAAGAGGUGUCGAAUGGGCAGCCUUUGGUAGAGAUCUUUUCCUAGCAAGCUGUUCACAAGAUUGCCUGAUACGAAUAUGGAGGCUGAAUAUAAAAUCAACAUCUUUGGAAACUCAGGAAGAUGAUAAUAUAAGACUGAAAGAAAAUACUUUUACUAUAGAAAAUGAAAGUAUUAAAAUAACAUUUGCGGUUACUCUGGAGACCGUGCUGGCUGGUCACGAAAACUGGGUAAAUGCAGUUCAUUGGCAGCCUUCAUUUUACAAAGAUGGUGUUUUACAACAGCCAAUGAGAUUAUUGUCUGCCUCAAUGGAUAAAACCAUGAUUCUCUGGGCUCCAGAUGAAGAGUCAGGAGUUUGGCUAGAACAGGUUCGAGUAGGAGAAGUCGGCGGCAAUACUCUGGGAUUUUACGAUUGCCAGUUCAGUGAGGAUGGCUCCAUGAUCAUCGCUCAUGCUUUCCACGGAGCACUGCACCUUUGGAAACAGAAUUCCACUAACCCAAAAGAGUGGACUCCAGAGAUUGUUAUUUCAGGACAUUUUGAUGGUGUCCAAGACCUAAAGUGGGACCCAGAAGGAGAAUUUAUCAUCACCGUUGGUACUGACCAGACAACUCGACUUUUUGCUCCGUGGAAGAGGAAAGACCAGUCACAGGUGACUUGGCAUGAAAUUGCAAGGCCCCAGAUACACGGAUAUGACCUGAAAUGUUUGGCAAUGAUCAACAGGUUUCAGUUUGUAUCUGGAGCCGAUGAAAAAGUUCUUCGAGUAUUUUCUGCACCUCGAAAUUUUGUGGAAAAUUUUUGUGCCAUUACGGGCCAGUCACUGAAUCAUGUGCUUUGUAAUCAAGAUGGUGAUCUUCCAGAAGGAGCUACUGUCCCUGCUUUGGGAUUAUCAAAUAAAGCCGUCUUUCAGGGAGAUAUAGCUUCUCAGCCUUCUGAUGAAGAGGAGCUGUUAACUAGUACUGGUUUCGAGUAUCACCAGGUGGCCUUUCAACCCUCUAUACUUACCGAACCUCCCACUGAGGACCAUCUUCUGCAAAAUACUUUGUGGCCUGAAGUUCAAAAACUAUAUGGACAUGGUUAUGAAAUAUUUUGUGUUGCUUGUAGCAAUUCAAAGACUCUGCUUGCCUCAGCUUGUAAGGCAGCUAAGAAAGAGCAUGCAGCCAUCAUUCUGUGGAACACUACAUCUUGGAAGCAGGUGCAGAGUUUAGUUUUCCACAGUCUGACUGUCACGCAGAUGGCCUUCUCUCCUGACGACAAGUUCUUAUUAGCCGUUUCCAGAGAUCGGACCUGGUCCCUGUGGAAAAGGCAGGACACAAUCCCACCCGAGUUAGACCCAGUUUUCAGUCUCUUUGCCUUCACCAACAAAAUCACUGCUGUGCACAGUAGAAUCAUUUGGUCUUGUGAUUGGAGUCCUGAUGGCAGGUAUUUCUUCACUGGAAGUCGGGACAAAAAGGUGGUUGCUUGGGGCGAGUGCGACUCCAGCGACGACUGCCCUGAGCACAGCAUCGGCCCCUGCUCCUCUGUCCUGGACGUGGGUGGAGCUGUGACGGCCGUCAGCGUCUGCCCGGUGCUUAACCCUUCCCGACGAUACGUUGUUGCAGUAGGAUUAGAGUGUGGAAAGAUUUGUUUAUACUCCUGGAAAAAGACUGAUCAGGUUCCAGAAAUAAAUGACUGGACCCACUGUGUAGAAACAAGUCAAAGCCAAAGUCAUACACUUGCUGUCAAAAAGUUAUGCUGGAAGAAUUGUAAUGGACAGACUGAACAGAAUGAAGCAGAAGGCGCUGAAUGGUUACACUUUGCAAGUUGUGGUGAGGAUCACACUGUGAAGAUACACAGAGUUAACAGGUGUGCGCUCUAGUGGACUUAACUACAAGCAUAUACUCGGUGUCAUAAAGUAUUUAUUAUGUAAAUAGAUGACUUUUCUUUACCUCAUAAUUUCUUCAAGUUUCAUUCUUAAGUCCUAUCGCAGCCGUCCUUUUUUGGGCACAGGCCCUUUGAAAUCUGGUGAAAGCUACAGACUCUUUUCUUAAAAUUUUUGUAUAUGCACACACCCUCACAACCUGGCCCAUCCUUUCAGGGAUUCAGACCUGCAUCUGUGUGUCCCAGUUUGAGAGCCUCUGUUCUUUUUUUCUUCAAGACCAAAUAUGCCUAAUUCUGUGUUAUUUUGGGCCUUCUGUUUUCACAUGCUCCUCUUUGGGACAUAUGAUUGUCUAUUACUGUCCUCUGAGGGAGGACAGAGAAAAUAAAAAGAGAUAAAACCCA